CUCUGCUGCCUUGCCGCUCCCACCUGCACACGGCUCCGAAAACACCCCCAUUCCCUUCCAUUCCCACCAAAAAUUCCAGCGAAAAAGCCCAACCAAAAUGCCGCCUGCCCGCCCCCACCUCGUGGCCGCCGCCGCCGUCCUCCUCCUCCUCCCCCUCGCCGCCGCGCAGGGGUUUCGCGGCUUCUCUUACCUCCUCAGCUGUGGCGCGUCGUCCCCCGUCACCGACGGCCGCGGCCUCCGCUGGGAUCCCGACGGGGGCUACGUCUCUGCCGGCGCCCCCGGCGCGGUCUCGCUCCCGGGCCUCGUCGACCCCACGCUCGCCACGCUCCGCACCUUCCCGCUCCGUCCCGGGGCCAAGUUCUGCUACGAGCUCCCCGUCGACCGGAACCGCCGCUACCUCGUCCGCCCCACCUUCUUCUACGGCGCGCUCUUCGCCUCCUCCUCCGCGCCGCCGCCGCCCGUCUUCGACCUGAUCGUGGACGGCACCUUCUGGACCGCCGUCAACACCACCGACGACGCGCGCGCCGGCGCCGCGUCGUCCUACGAGGGCGUGUUCCCUGCCAGUGGCAGGAACAUGAGCUUCUGUCUCGGGGUCAACCCGGACUACACCGACGCCGGCCCGUUCAUCUCCGCGCUGCAGGUGAUCCAGCUCGACGAUUCCGUGUACAACGCCACGGAUUUCCCGACCAGCGCCAUGGGUCUCAUUGCUCGCACCAAGUUUGGCUCCACUGGCGGCAUAGAGAGGUACCCUAAUGACAGUUUUGAUCGCUAUUGGCAGCCAUUCCCGGACAACAAGCAUGCUGUCAGUAGCACCCAAAAUGUUACAUCAGCUGACUUCUGGAAUCUUCCCCCUCCUGAUGUGUUUAACACAGCUUUCGUAGCAGAACAAGAUGCACCCCUUGUGUUACAAUGGCCUCCAGUGGCUCUUCAAAAUGAUAGCUAUUAUGUUUCCCUCUACUUUGCUGAUACAUUGCCUGAUAAUUCAAGGACCUUUGACGUAUAUAUAAAUGAUUACCUCUUUUUCAAAGAUCUAAAUGUCACGUCAGCUGGUCUUUCUGUCUUUGCAACACAAUGGAUUCUCUCAGGCUUGACCACAAUUAUAUUGAAACCUGCUUCUCCUUCUGCUCUUCCUCCACUUAUUAAUGCUGGCGAGGUCUUUGGGCUUUUUCCUGUAGGAAGAUUGACAUAUGCACGGGAUGUACUUGCCCUGGAGAGUAUGAAGAAAAACCUUCAAAAUAUACCUGAAGAUUGGAAUGGAGAUCCAUGCAUGCCUUCAGGAUAUUCUUGGACCGGAGUUACAUGUGAUGAAGGAUCAAAAAUACGUGUCAUCUCAUUGAACUUUUCAAGUAUGGGCCUCUCUGGAUUUCUUUCACCUGAUAUUGCCAAUCUGACUGCUUUGACUGAUAUAUCUUUCGCACACAACAGACUGGGUGGGUCUAUUCCGAAUCUUAGCAACCUAAGAAAUCUCCAACGACUGCACCUGCAAGAAAACCAGCUAACUGGAUCGGUACCUGAGACAUUGGGAACAAUCAAUACAUUGCGUGAAAUAUUUUUACAGGACAAUAAUUUAAAUGGAACAGUUCCAGAGAACUUACUGAACAAGACAGGAUUGACUUACAUAUUUCUGCCAGGGAAUAGCUUCUCUCCACAACCACCGCAUUGACAACCAGGCAUUUUGUACAACCAACUACUCUAUGUGUAGACAACAUGAUUCAGAGGUAGCAGGAAAGUUCUUGAUUCUUUUAGGGUAGCUGUAGCAAAAUUUUGUAACCAUCCUGUGCAUAAAAGCGAGAAAAUAGUACAGUGAUUCAAACCCGUAACGUGUGCAUUAGACAAAAGGUUGCGACACAGUUGGACAGUUCAACAGUGUUUACACUGGUUUGAGCUAUGCUUGCAGAAGCUAAGCAUCUAUUUCGAAUGCCGGACUUUGUACAUUAGGUAUUGGAACUGAAACGUUUCUUAGAAGAUCUUCAGCAAAAGGCAAGAGUUUUCUUUGAUCAGUUAAGGUAUGGGAAAGACCUGGUGGUUCUUUCAUAACCUAACUUUGCUAAUGCCCUUCCGUAGCAGUCGGCUGAAGGAACUGUAUUCAUUCAUGUGAUAUGAUAUUGGUCUAGUUCAGACUGCGUUCCUGUUAGGGUUUAUUCUGUCUUAGCUUUUCGCUCAGAAUUCUUGGGUCAGACUCAGAUGUGGAACUGAAAUUUAUGGGAACUCUUCAAUAUAAGUUGCAUUCUCGGCU